UUGUCCAAUGGUUGGGCGCGUUGCUGAGCAGUGACUGAGCAGUGUGAGUGAGGCGGCGGCAAAGAAGAAGCAGGAGGGCCGGCUGUUUGCUCUCAGGCCUCUUCCGCCAUGAGUUCCAUCGGCACCGGGUAUGACUUGUCGGCCUCCACAUUUUCUCCAGAUGGCAGAGUGUUUCAAGUAGAAUAUGCUAUGAAAGCUGUUGAAAAUAGCAGUACAGCAAUUGGGAUUCGGUGUAAAGAUGGUGUAGUCUUUGGAGUGGAAAAACUAGUUUUAUCCAAACUUUAUGAAGAAGGGUCCAAUAAACGCCUCUUUAAUGUUGAUCGACAUGUUGGAAUGGCCGUAGCAGGACUUCUGGCUGAUGCUCGGUCUUUGGCUGACAUAGCAAGGGAAGAAGCUUCCAACUUCAGAUCCAACUAUGGUUACAAUAUACCACUGAAACAUCUUGCAGACAGAGUGGCUAUGUAUGUACAUGCCUACACACUAUACAGUGCUGUCAGACCUUUCGGCUGCAGCUUCAUGUUGGGUUCCUAUGAUGACGAUGACGGUGCCCAGUUGUACAUGAUUGAUCCUUCAGGUGUUUCAUAUGGUUACUGGGGAUGUGCCAUUGGAAAAGCACGGCAGGCUGCAAAGACAGAAAUUGAAAAGCUCCAGAUGAAAGACAUGACUUGUCGUGAUGUUGUUAAAGAAGUUGCAAAAAUAAUCUACAUAGUCCAUGAUGAAGUAAAAGACAAAGCUUUCGAAUUGGAACUCAGUUGGGUUGGAGAAAUAACUAAAGGAAAACACGAAGUUGUACCAAAAGACAUUAAGGAAGAAGCUGAGAAAUAUGCUAAGGAAUCUCUGAAAGAAGAGGAUGAAUCAGAUGAUGAAAACAUGUAACAUGUGCUUACUUUUAACACGAGAUUUAAUGUAUUUCCCUUUAUGUAUGUCCUGGAAGAAUAUUUUGAGUGACCAACUUGCACUAAACAUUUUUCCAAUUA